AUGAAAAUGUCUCACGAUGAAGAUGAAUGCACUGAAGGUUUGCUUUCAUUCGACAACAUCGUGUCGCGCCCUCUCGACUCACUUUUCAACCUCCAUAAUUUUUAUCUCAACACCGAAUCGCCACAACUUCAUUCUCCGUGUGUCUCGAAUCAUUCUGAUCAUUGGUUUCUCACAUCGACUCCUCGACCGCAAUUCGCAGUCCAUCGUCGUUCUCCAGUUUCGAACACAUGGCUGCGUUAUUCUACAAUUCGUCACAUGUCUGGCCAAGAUGGUGCUAGCCUACUGGAAUUAGGGGCAGACAACAGCCAAGGUUACCAACAUUUCUACACGGACUAUAGGUUUCAUCGUCGUGGCCGUCUCUUUGGGACGUGGUUCCGCUUGAUCACACUUUUGAAGCAGAUACCAAGUCAUAUUGUAGAAAUUUCGUCAAGAUCAAGUCGUUCGCAAACGUUGUGCGAAGUACCGCGCGGUAUAGAUCGCUCUGACCUUAUCAACCUGUCUGAACUAUUUCCAACAACCGCCGUAGUUCAUCCAGAAGGACAGCAGUCAACCUCGCGGGCUUAUAUUGCCACUGAGAAGCCCUCUUCAAGUACAAUGGGUUCCCUAUAUCGUAGUGAACCCAUGAAGCUUUGCGAGAUGAUCCUUGUGAAAGAUGCUGCUUACGACUGCGUUGGUGAGCUUGGAAAAUAUGGCAAUGUACAAUUCAAUGACUUGAACGCCAACAAAAACAUUUUCCAACGAACAUUCGUGAGGGAAGUUAGAAGAUGCGAAGAACUGGAAAGGAAACUGAGAUUUCUGGAGCGCCAAGUGGUAGAGUGCGUGCCAGGUAUACAGCUUCAACCUAUAGAUGCUACAACUAUUGAAACACCUUCACAAUUUGAGAUAAAUACUUUAGAGGGAACAUUGGACGAACUGGAGCGUGAUUUUGUAGAAUUGAACACAAAUGACAGCCAUCUUAGGAAAAAUCUCAAUGAAAUGCGAGAGUUUCAGUAUGUACUCCAACGAGUGGAACAAUUUUUUGAAGUGCACAUGGAAAACGAGGCAAUGAACAAUAUCCAGGCUCCAGAGAUAGAGCAGGACACUUUUACCAAAUCCAUAACCUCUGGUGGACAUAUCUCCGGCCAGAAUGAUGUUCCUCUUACUCCGUUGCUUAAUGAUGAGAAAGGCGAGAACGCAUGGUUUGUCGCAGGAGUAAUUCCUUUGGAUAAAAAGAACACAUUUGAGAGAGUGUUAUGGAGGGCGUGUCGAAGAACUGCAUUUGUACGAAUAAGUGACAUUACACUUACUCUUGAAGAUCCAGUGACGCUCGCUCCAAUUAUGAAGUGCGUUUUCAUCGUUUUCUUCAAAGGGGAGAGCCUCAAGUUGAUUAUCGACAAGGUGUGCGAUGGAUUCAACGCUCGACAAUACCCGUGUCCGAAAACGUCGAAAGAACGGCAAUCGGCAUUGUUCGAAACGAUUUCUCGUAUUCAAGAUCUCAAAAUUGUAAUAGAUAGCACUCAGAAACAUCGUUUCCAGAUUCUGGAAAAUGUUGCAACGGAUUUACCAGCAUGGUUGAAAAAAGUCCAUCUUCAAAAAGCUAUUUAUAACACUCUGAAUAUGUUUACGGUGGACACUAAUGGAUUUCUCGCCGCCGAAUGUUGGAUACCUGAGAAUGAAAUGGAUGCAGUGCAUACAGCGUUGCACGAGGGAUUGAAAGCAAGCGGCUGCGAUGUAUCUCCCAUUCUUAAUGAAAUGGCAAGGCAAACAGCUCCGCCAACAUUUCAUCGCACCAACAAAUUUACCUCGGUUUUCCAGUCGAUUGUGGAUUCAUAUGGUGUUGCUAGCUACAGAGAGAUCAAUCCAGCUCCAUACACAAUAAUCACCUUUCCUUUCUUGUUUGCUGUGAUGUUUGGUGAUGCCGCUCACGGAUUGAUACUGUUUUUAGCUGGCUUAUUUUUCAUCUUCAAUGAAGAGAAAAUUAUAGCGCGAAGAGUACGAGACGAGAUAUUUAACACUUUCUUUGGUGGCCGUUACAUUAUCGUUUUAAUGGGCUUGUUUUCAAUCUACACUGGAAUUCUUUAUAAUGAUGCUUUUGCGAAAUCAUUCAACAUAUUCGGUAGUUCAUGGGCGAAUCCCUACAACCAAUCUGAAAUCGAUUCAUGGAUUCAACCUAAAGUCGAUACUCGCGAGGCGAAAAUCACGACGGUAACUCUGGAUCCUGCUACAUCUUACUUGAAGGAGCAAGGCCCUUACCCUUUCGGAGUCGAUCCUGUAUGGAAUGUUGCCGACAACCGUCUUUCAUUUCUUAAUUCCAUGAAAAUGAAGAUGUCUGUUAUAAUUGGUGUAUUUCAAAUGACUUUCGGCGUACUACUAUCACUUUUGAAUCACAUAUUUUUCAAAUCGAAAGUGGACAUUCUCACCAAUUUCAUCCCCCAGUUAAUAUUUCUUGGUUGCAUUUUCAUAUAUCUCUGUGGACAAAUGGUAACAAAAUGGUUGUUCUUUUCUGUUGAAAAAGGAAUUGUAUUAGGAAUGGAGUACCCAGGCUCUUAUUGUGCUCCAUCGCUUCUGAUAGGUUUGAUUAAUAUGUUCAUGCUCAAGGAGCGGCCAGUGGGUUAUAUGCUAGAAAAUAAUAGCACAGCCCACCAUCCCACCUGUUAUCUGAAUCAAUGGUAUCCUGAACAGGCAUUUGUCGAGAAAUGUUUGAUUUUUACUGCUUUGGGUUGCAUACCAGUUAUGCUUCUCGGUAGACCACUGGCAGCAUAUUUAGACCAGAAGAAGAUGGCUGGCCGCCGAAAAUUCUUGAAUGGAAUUCUUGCAGAUGACUCAGAACAUCUAAUUGCAAUCGACCGGUACCUACAUGAACACUCCCUGGCGGAUGCCUUUGUUAAUCAGGCCAUUCAUACCAUUGAGUUUGUCCUGGGCUGCGUUUCACACACAGCAUCAUAUCUUCGGUUAUGGGCUCUGAGUCUUGCACAUGCACAGCUAUCUGAGGUAUUAUGGCACAUGGUAUUAAUCCCAGGCAUCUCGUCUGAAGGGAACAUAUUGACAACGUCAGCAGCUACAUAUGUGGUCUUCUUCUUCUUUGCUAUAAUGUCACUGUCGAUACUAGUGAUGAUGGAAGGACUGUCAGCAUUUCUUCACGCUCUCCGACUUCACUGGGUUGAGUUCCAGUCAAAAUUCUACCAAGGUGCUGGUCAUCCCUUCCGUCCGUAUUCGCUGCAAGAAUGCCUAGAGACAGCACAACAUUUGUCAGAAGUUACCGAGGACCACACUCAAUGCUCUGAGGUCACCGAUGAAUUAUAG